AUGGCCGACAGAGCCGAGUGGCAGCGGGCUUUGGCGACGGCAGACACUAUCGAGGAUGGACUGGCCGACAUGAAGGCGGUGUCACGACCAAGAAGAGCCUCUGCGAUUACCGGUUCUUUGUCCAUCAAGACCCCUCUGGGCUCACAGACAACUGUCCGACCACCGCCAGUAGCUGGCUCCAAGCGGAAGCGUUCCUCGGUUGUUCUUUCUGCCGUGCCCAAGCUCACACACAGCGAGACGACUGCAACGACGCCCAGCCCACCGGGCUCUCCACUGAGCUCGAUACCGUCCGAUCUUAGUGACGUGGACGAAGACUCGCUACAUUACGAGGGAGGAGCUGUUUCCACCGGACCAACACCUGCAUCAAAGCGUGCCAAAAUAGUACCUGAAGCCCUCAGCGAAGCAAAAGCUGUUGUUGUUCCGAGAGAAGCGUCAGCCUCGAAUAUCAGGCGUACUAACAAGGACAAGAGGGCGCUUACCGGCAAAGACAGACAAGUUAAUGCUGCGAGCGCGAGCCGCAAACCAACGACAGUCUCGAAACCAUCAUCCCUCUCUUCGGUCGACCGUCUACAAACACGGAAGGCAACACAGCGGGACAGCGCUAAAGGCGGAAAGAUAGCUGAGGGAAAGGCACCUGCAUCCGCACCAACAAGCCGCCGAGGUAGCAAGUCCAACGUUGUUGUCUCGAAGUAUUUCACGAAAUCCGCCGUGGUCAAGCUCACGAAGAAUCGAAGACCUGUGCGCCUCACUCAUGAACCUGUUGUGUCUGGGGCCACCGACGCUGCAGUUGCAAAUUCUACUGAGUCUGUGGCGCCUUGGCUUGCCGAAUUGUCACAAAAGCUCUCGAUUGCGCCAUCUGGACAGCAGCUCCCAGACCCAGUAGGUCAGCCACUUGUAUGGGCAGACCAGCGCCAGGCCUUGUGCGAGACUGUUCCUUACUACCGAUCAUUUCAAGGCGGAUGUUAUCAUUCCAACCGCUCGGUCUAUGCUUUCAUGUUCGAUGGGGAGAGCCACGCACGUGAAUACAUGGAUUCGGAUGUAGUCCUCUUGCGUGCUGGGGGCGGCAUGGGCAAAGACAAGGACAGCGGCGAAAGAAUUCAGAGCAAAGAUCAGACAGAAAGCGCGCAGGUGGUGGCGUUGCGCAACAACAUUAGCCAGUUCAACCCCGUUGUUCUGAUAGUGGGCGAGAACAAUCCGAAAGCUCCGUCCAAGGUCCCCCAUCCAUACUGCGUCAUGGCUUGGUUCAAGCCGACGCACGUCUGGUACGAGAAGUCCAAGGGCAGGAAGCUCAUUCGCUACCGCUUCGAGAAGCUCCGACCCGAUGAGCAGAGCUGGUGGGCGCCGCAGGGCCAAGAGGAGCCUAUCAAGUUUGGUAGUCUGCCGCCUCCUCACGGCGAGGCUUGUACAGCUUGCAGAAUACACAGCCCACAAGUGUACAUUCAAGGCUGGAUGUGCUUGGAGCCGACAUGCGCUCGGUUCUGGAAGCUGAAGAGUGGAGAGGAACCUGAUGAGCCAUCGCUAGUCUAUAACCCCAGGUUCGUCAAGCAGAAGACCAUUUGGCCGCACUCUAGCGCGCCGUAUAGCCUCAAGCCGGACCUCAUGCAGCUCGAUGCAGCGCCUCUGCUCGGACAGAACGUUUCUUGGGAAGCAUGGAAGGGCUUGGCUUGUCCACAGUGCGGCCGUUGCAGUUCCAGAGAAGCCUGGAUAGAAUGGCAGUGCGGAAAUCCGGCCUGCAAUUUUACACAUCAGUUGCCCCACGUCCUGAUCCCAGCGAAGGCCCUCCAUGAUAUCUACCAUCCGCUAUCGUCAAGCUACGCUUUCUCUCGGGACCUACAUGAGCCUGGCAUAACCUUCCAGCUGGAGUUCGCUAACAACUACCGGCGCAACCGUUAUGUGAUUCCUGGUGUCGAAGGCUUCGUGGAGCACUGGAUUGCGAACAAGACGGGCGGUAUGCUGACCAUGCAUUUCACUGUGAAUUACGGCAUGCCCUACAAGUUCGUCGCCGCAACCUCCAGUCUCGGCUUCGACUCCGCCUGCAACGCCAUCAAAGGCACCCGCUCCCGCCUGGACUGGGCCGCCCGCUGCGUCGCCGGAGACGCACACACCGAGUUCAACGAGCUACUUGCCCUCGGCUACUUCGAAAAGCAGAAGAUCAACUACCACGACGACGGCGAAAAAGGGCUCGGCCCAACGAUCGCAACGCUUAGCCUCGGCUACCCAGCAACUAUGCGCCUCCGCAUGAAAGGCAAGCACUUGCGCGGCGCGUCCAAGAUGGGCGUCUGGGUCGAGGACGAGCCUAUGCCGGGCUGCGAGCGUUACGAAGAGCGAAAAGCUGCGUGGCAGGAACUUCAGAAUAUGGACAAGAAGGCCGCAGCAGCGCGGAAGAAGACUCUGCCCACGGAGCUGAAGCUAAGGAAGACUGGUGAUGCGCCUGUUGUUAUCCAGAUGCAUCUGGGACAUGGCGAUAUUGUUAUUAUGCAUGGGGCGAAGAUACAGAAGUACUAUGAACACGCCGUUGAGCCCCACGGAAAUUUGCGAUUUGCACUGACGUGCAGGUACAUCGACCCGGAUUCUUUGGCCGAAGCGGAUAAGCCGCAGUAUGAAGUGCGGCUAGAUGACCAGAUUUAUGAUGGCAGCUCUUUGCCGCUGCCGCCACAGUGA